GACCAAAAACACUUCUGCGGUUUGUGGACUCUGUGGUGUCCAUGUUGGUUUUCAGGUGUCUCCCAGUUUCAAUAAAUUGAUCCCUGCUUUGAUCUGCAACAUCUACCAUAUCCUGCACGAGUUACCAUGGCAAGUACGAUGGGACGCUGCAAGGGAGUCGAACGUUCCAGACACAUUCGGCAAUCAUCAAUCGACACUCAAACGGCGGUUUACUUGGGGAGUAUGGUUCACAAGAAGCCAAAGUCAAAGCAAAAUGCCCCUGUCUUAAGCCAGUCAAGCGAGCAACUUCUUAACGGACUGAAGUGCAUGAGUUUGGACGGCCAGGAUAACUGUGACGUAACAGAUCACCUGCAGCUUAAGCAUGUUAAGGAUCGGGAUGAGGCGUACGCGCAUUAUCCGACCCGCAGUGCAGCUGACAUUACAGAUCACCAACGACUAAAGAAUCAGGGUGAGGCAUACGCGCAAUGUCCGACGCGCAGUACCAUUGUCUGUGUCGAUAACCCUCCGAAUGAUUCGGAUUUCCCCUUACAAAAUGGGCAUUCCGGAAAUAUUCUUGAAGCAUCUUUACCAAAGAGGGUUGCGAAUGGAUACGGAAUGCUUGAUGACGACGAAAGGGAUUUCCUUAACGAUGAUGUCGAAAGAGAUUGUUUUCUGCCCAGCUCUCAUCAUGACGACCAAACCCAUUUCCCCAAAGGAGGAGAUAAACAAUGUUGCAGACGAUCACUGAACGAUAGUACAGAUUCUUUCGAUAGUGGCAGAGGGGAGGAGGAAUGUAUCGGAGAAGAUGAACAUGAUGGCUUGCUCUGUGACUUGCUGGCACACACCAAACACUUCGUUCGAUCAUUCUUUGGAAAAAGUUUCUUCAGGUUUCACAAUGAGGAUUCGAGCGACAAGGGGGACGAUGAUGGGGUGGAUGAGAUACACAACGUCUUGAUACCAAGCCCAUUUGAGAAUGGAUACGAGUUCCUUGGCAUUCUUAUCAAACAGGAGGAUAUGGGUUGGAGGGUCACUCGCGUCCUGAGCAAUUCACUCGCAUGCAAAGCUCAUCUCAAAGAAUCUGAUAUUCUAAGUCACUUAGAUGAUGAAGACCUGACUAAUCGAGAAUUGGAAGACAUCCGGGGAAUGUUUGGGAGAGUCCAGAAGUCAUUCAAAUUGACGAUCUGGCGAGAAACACAUGAGGGAGAAGCUAUUCGUCGGACUCAACUUACUAUCAGUAUCUCGAUUACUGAACAUGUUGAUCGAUCGUUUGAGAUCGAGGUAUCGGUUAGACGUGCCCGUUUUAGAGCCCGCCCACGGUCGACCCAGUGUCGUUUCGUCACGCAAGACCCGGAUGGCGGACAUCAAAUCUAUAUGCACUACGAGGAUGACGGAUCCCUCUCCAUGCGAGAACUGGUCGAAGAAGAUCCCGGAAGUGUUGAUAGAGCUUCUUUCUAUUUCGAUUUAUACCAGAGUAACAUCCCCCUACCUGUUGAAGGACAGUUGUGCACGAUACGACAUCGCACCAAUGGUCAUGAAGAAAGAUUCUUUAACUGCCAGACCGGGUUGAUGGAAUUGUUGCCUCCAGGACGGACCAGAGCUCGAGACAUGCAAAUAUACUUUAUUUAUCGAAUGCCUAUCCCUAUUCACGACAAGGCUUUUAAAUUCAAAGUGUUUCUACGCAAUGGCGACCAAGAUGAAUACCUGAAGAAAGUCGAUGGCAAGAUCCGACGAUGCGCCUUGAAUGAAAUUCAAUCUGAUGCGAUCUUCACAAUAUACAGCGUUCAGUAGAUUCAGUUCCAGCAUGGCGGAGUGAAGGGGGUGCCCCCCCCCCCCCGCCUCAGCUGAUCCAGAUUCAGAUUUCGCAAAUUUCAUUGAUUUGUCUCCAUUAAAUUCGUCAUUCGUGCAAAGAAACGUGAGAACAUAUUAUCGAGUGUCUUACAGUAUCAGUUACCAGUCCGGUUUCGAAUCCAAUGUAAGAUUUUGUUACUAGCUUAUCAAUGUUUCUACAGACUAAUUUAUACCUUAAUCAUGUUAAUGUUAUCUACUUCAUCUUCGUUCACACGAUAGGAAUUUCUUAAUUGUUCUUCCGAUCUCAACAAAACCUAAGGUGCACUUUCAUAUGCUCAAAUUCAUUCUCUCUCCGUAAAAAAAAUGGUCAAUCGAAAUGAAUUUAAUCAAAGUUGAAUGAAAUAUGCAUAUUGCUUGCUCACAGGCAUUCGUGCUUUCUUAGCAGUCAGGUAAAAAAAAACCUCGGUAUAACAUAUAACAUUUUCUAAUUAUUCAUUCAUGUCAAUAAACGGUCCUUUAGUUCUGUGGAAUAUUCUGACUGCAUUAUCUUCCAUUUUGCCUGAGCCAUUUACAUGGUUUUCGGGAGGGGGGGGGGGUAAUUUUUAUUUUUCAGUUAUAAUUACAUUUUCUGAAAUGUUCCUCACAUUAUAUUUACAUUUUGUAUCAUUUUGUAUUUUAGUUCUGAAAAGAACAUUGACAGAUGCCACUGAUGUUCGAAUAAAUUCAAAUCAUUUAUUCACCUAUUAGGGGCAGUUCUGUUGACUGCCGUACGUUAAUUGUAUCGUAAUCUUAAAUUCAUUCGAUAUUAUGCCUAAUAAUAUUAUGAGAGAUAUAGACAUAUUGGGUUAUGUUAUCGGGGGGGGGCGUUCUUCUUUUUUUUUUCUUUUUUUAGCGAGAUACAACGUGUGAAUUUGUCAUUAUUGCACAUAGCAUGCAUGAUGGUAACAUGACUGAGCAGCAAAGCACAGUAAAGUUUUCCAUCACCGGGGCACGGAUGGGGCCAUGGGUCCCCAAAAAUUUUCACAACCAAGAAAAAAAAUAGGGGAGAAAGGAAAGAAAACUGGUGAAAUGUGAUAUAACAUGUAUUUUCAUGAUAUUUCAAAACCUAUCACAAUUUUGUUAUGUCUUCCAGGGUAGUUACAAAAAUGGCAAAGUUAUAUCAGAAGGAGCAUAAAGUGGGCAGAUUUCUUAUUGAACAAUAUGCCGCGACAAACGAAAGAAUGUUAUUUACCCGAGAAAAAAGACAAUGCGAUACACAUUUUCUCCUUAAGGGUUAUAUAUACAUAAUUUAAACGGUCGAAAGAGGGCAUGUGUCCCUGUUCCGCCCUUUACUUUCAUCUGCGCUUCUAUGCUAGUUUAGAAAAUUAACUUUGCGUCAAUAACAAUAAUUUUUAAAAUAAGAAAGUUGCCAGAUUACUCCU